AGUUUCUCUAAAACAUUUAACUGAAAAUGUACUCGGUGACGUUGAUUUUUUUGCAAGACGAAUAUAGAAAGCACUACAGCCAAGUUUGUAUUAUACAUAAAUAAAUGUGAUAGUGCACUUUUUCGCCAAAUUAAUUUCAAUUCACUCAUUUGUGCAGCUUAAGUCUAUCAAUUAGUUUGAUAGUUUCAAUCAAAACGUACAGAAAUUUUCCAAAAAAAUAGAAAAUAAUUGGAUUGAAACUAUAUAUUUAUAAAUUUUUCAUCAAAAUCGAUAUAGCUUUGUACAAGGAAAUAUUAUUUUUCGUAUUCAACAUCUUGAUUUAGGAAAAGACAUGUUUAUUCAUUUAUUAUCUCCUUCAAUAUAUACUAGACCGCUUCGUGCGAAUCUUCCAUUGUUCGAAACAGUGCAGGAAGUCUUUUUCUGUCAUUUCCUUUUUCUUUCACAACUUCAAAAGACUCAAAUCUUGUUCCUUUUAGUACUAAUUUGACCUUAGGAAAAAGGUAGAAGUCGCACGAUGCAAGAUCCAGCGAUUGAGUUGGGUGGUCACACUGGGAUGUUGUAGUUGCAAGCUUCUUAUUGUUCAAAUGGAUUUUAGGCAUCAGACCUGCAGACACUAAAAUUUACCGCACAAUUUCUAUGGAUUCAGCAAUCGCAUGAAUACUUAGCCCACGGUUCGAUCGAAUAAAAUUACUGACUUUCCGAUAUAUUCAUCCGUUUAUGACGUGGAAGGGCGUCCCGAAUGUGAAUCAUCUUCAACAUCUCCUCGGUCAUUUUGAAGAAAACACUUAAACCACUCAAAAACACGUGGACGCGAUUAACAUUGUUUCAAUAAAUUAUAAGUUUCAGUUGCAGUUUUCCAAGUUUCUUUUAAAAUUUGACAACAAUCCGUUGCACUACAUAUUUUUACGUCGAUACUUUUUACGACGAAACAAAAAAAAGAGUCUCUAUACAAACGAAUGCAACGGCUAGACUGAUUUAUCUUCUACUACUACUACUACUAUUUAUCUAUUUGAUUGAAAUUUAAUUCCUCAUACAGAGGAUGUGUUCUGCAUUAUCUCUUUCGUAUCCACAACACAUACAGCUGUCGGUCUCCCUUUUGCCUGAACGCUUAAAAACUCCAAAACCCCCGUGGCCUGUAAGGAACUGAGUGAUAUAGUAGCUGGUCCUUCUGGACUAAUGGUACAGUGAUGAUUUCUUGAUAAUAAGAUAACUCAUAACCUUUAUCAUCUUAAUAAUUGAUAAGAGUUUACAGAACUCUCUACCGCUGUGAAAAAAUCGUUCAAUAUCAAAUUAUUUCCUUGUAUUUACGAUGAUGUACUGUAAACAUUUUUAUUUAUCUUCCAAAUGUUCAAUUUAUAUGAACAGGCUGUAGUACUGAGUAUUCGAGUUAUAUACUGAUGAAGGUUAGUGAUGAACACACCUCAGGUACAAUUAUAAAGAAUUAUGAAUUUAAUAGCUACAAAAAUAUUAGUGGCAGUGCUGUUUUUCUUCAUAAGAUUCAAUUUCUCAAUUUUACCAGUGAAGUUGUAUAAUUUUUUGAGAAAAUGGGAGGGAGAAGACGCCUCUUCAGGGCAAUUUAUUAAUCACAAACGACACAAGCAAGUUACGCUAGCAAUUGCCUUCUGUCAGUCCUUUGGAGGUGGUGUUUUAUUUGCUACUUGUUUUUUGCAUAUGAUGUUAGAGGUUAACAAUUCUGUGGAGUAUUUGAAGCAAUUCGGAGAUAUUAAUGAUGAUUAUCCAUUAGCUCAACUAGCGAUAUGUUUGGGAUUUUUCUUUGUAUACUUUUUAGAAGAAAUUUCUCACUGGGCAGUUACAAGAUUUCCUGACCAUCCAUCUUCACCAAAUUGCGAAAAGAAAGUAUUUAUUAUUGAAGAAUAUAAUAAGGUAAUUGUAGAAGAAAAAGAAGAAGAAGAAGAAGAUAAAGAGAGCUCACCAAUAGAAAAAGAUGAUGAUAACAGUAUAAGGAAAUCGAAAGAUGUUUUAAGUAUAGACGAGAAUCAUGAGUCCAUUGUUUUUGAUUCGUUGAGCUUAAAUUCUAGCGUUGAGCGAGAAAAUGAGAAAAAUGCCGAUAUGGACGGGCAUUCCAGAGAAAAUGAAAAAAAAAAUCUUAGAGAAGAACGAAUCGAUGUUGAAAUUAAAUCUAAACAACAAGUUAUACGUGGAGUAUUAGUGAUAGUUGCUCUUUCUUUUCAUGCUAUUUUUGAAGGCUUAGCUAUAGGAUUACAAAAAAAUAUCGGCAACAUUUGGUAUAUGUUUAUUGCCGUUUGCAUACAUUCAGCUACUAUUUUGUUCUGUAUUACUUUAGAAAUGGUUAUAGCGAGAGUUAAUUUCAGAGCUAUAUGUAUUCAUGCUUUCGGCUUAGCUUUCUCAAGCACCUUAGGAGUAUUCUUGGGAAUCCUUGUUAGUUACACCAGUGACCUAGAUACUAAAGGUAAAUCAACGGCUGUUGUAGCUCUUGAAGGACUAUCAGCGGGUACAAUUUUGUAUAUAACCUUUUUCGAAGUAUUGAAUAGAGAAAAAGAGAGAAGAAUUUAUAGAAUGUCUAGAGCUAUAUGUAUAUUGAGUGGGUUUAGUCUUAUGGCGUUUCUUCAAUGGUACCGAUAGCAUUUUAAUACGGUUUUUUACUUAUAAAGAUAAAUAAAUGAGAGAAUAAACGUGAUACUUUGUUUCUUUAUAGACUAGAAGAUAACGUUCCAAUUCAUUCCCUCUUGGAUAUUCAACCGUCUG